ACUCCCCCCGUGACGGGCGUCCCGGCGGCACCGGGGGGCGUCCGCGCCGCCGCCGCCAUGAGCGGCCCUUACCCCGAGGAGAGCUGCGCCGAGCGCCCCGACUGCAAGAGCAAAUCGCCUACGCUGCUCUCCUCCUACUGCAUCGACAGCAUCCUGGGCCGCCGCAGCCCCUGCAAGGUGCGGCUGUUGGGCGCAGCGCCCAGCUUGCCCGCGGGGGCCGCCCGGCCAGAGCCCCCCGACGGCGCCGCGCAAGGCUCCCCGAAGAGCAGCCCCCCCUUCGAGCCGGCCGAGCUGCACCUGCCCCCCAAGCUGCGGCGGCUGUACGGGCCGGGCGGCGGGCGGCUGCUGCCGUCGGGGCCGCGCGGGGAGCGGCCGGAAGGGCGGCCGGAGGGAGGCGCCGGGGCCGGGGCGACGGCCGGGGCAGGGGCCGGUCCCGCGCCGUGGGACACGCUGAAGAUCAGCCACGCGCCGCAGGUCAGCAUCAGCCGCAGCAAGAGCUACCGCGAGAACGCGCCCUUCGCGCCGCCGCCGCCCGCCCGUGACGAAGCGGGGAGCGGAGCCCCGCACGUCGAGGAGCGGCCCGGCCCCGCCGCGCCGGCCGCCGGGGAGGAGGAGGAGGACGAGGAGAUGCUGGAGGAGGAGGAGGACGAGGAGGAAGAGGAGCUGGAGGAGGACGACGAGGAGGAGCUGCUGGGCGAGGACGGCGGGGGGCUGCUGGAGGAGGCCCGCCGGGGCGCGGGAGCGGCGCCGGGGGCGGAGGGCGGGGGGCUGUCCCCCAAAGAGGAGCUGCUGCUGCCGCCCGAGGACGGCGAGGGCAAGGACGGCGAGGAGAGCGUGUGCCUGUCGGCCGGCAGCGACUCCGAGGAGGGGCUGCUCAAGAGGAAGCAGCGCCGCUACCGCACCACGUUCACCAGCUACCAGCUGGAGGAGCUGGAGAGGGCCUUCCAGAAAACGCACUACCCCGACGUCUUCACCAGGGAGGAGCUGGCCAUGCGGCUCGACCUGACCGAAGCCCGAGUGCAGGUAUGGUUCCAGAACCGUAGGGCUAAGUGGCGGAAGAGGGAAAAGGCUGGGGCUCAGACACACCCCCCAGGUUUGCCUUUCCCUGGUCCCCUGUCCGCACCUCACCCCCUCACUCCGUACCUUGAUGCUAGUCCUUUCCCUCCUCACCACCCAGCUCUAGACUCCGCCUGGACCGCCGCCGCCGCCGCCGCCGCGGCCGCCGCCUUCCCGGGCCUGCCGCCUCCUCCGCCCGGCUCCGCCGCGCUGCCCCCCGCCGGGACCCCGCUCGGCCUCGGCACCUUCCUGGGCGCGGCCGUGUUCCGGCACCCCGCCUUCAUCAGCCCCGCCUUCGGCAGGCUCUUCUCCACCGUGGCCCCGCUGGGCAGCGCGCCGGGCGCCGCCGCUCUCCUGCGGCAGCCGGCGCCGGCGGCGGCCGAGGGCGCGGUGGGCGCGGGGCUGGGGGAGCCGGGCAGCGCCGCCGCCGACCGGCGCGCCUCCAGCAUCGCGGCGCUGCGCCUGAAGGCCAAGGAGCACGCGGCGCAGCUGACGCAGCUCAACGUGCUGCCCGGCGGCGGAGCGGGGAAGGAGGUGUGCUGAGCCGCCGGGCGGCCAGGGCGGCCAGGGCGGGCGGAGCCGGACCGAACGCGAGUGUGAAUAGUAACCGUAAUUAAUAACGAGAAUCGCGGGCGGAGGAGCGCCGGCGGCGGAGCCGCGCGCCGCGUUUCCCCCCUCCGGCCGCCUCCGGUGCCGUCGCCGAACGAAGAGCGGCGAACCAAAGGGAACGGCGCCGCCGGGGCGCGGGGCCGCGACUCUGUACAUAGCGUUGUUAUAAAAGACGGAAAACGAACCGACGCGCCGCAGAGCUUUGUAUGCGGGAGGCGACGAUGUUAUGAAGGCGUCGCACUCGGAGCCGCGGCGCGCGCGUCUGUGGCCGCGCGGGGCCGCGGGGUCCCGGGAGGCGGCGGCGCGGGGCGCUCCGUGCGCGGCGGGCAUCGCGACGGCGGGCGGGGGGGCGGCGAGGGGCGGACGGGUGUACUGAGCGGCGGAGAGGAGAAAAGACGAAGAAAAAGGACGAAACGAGCCCCGAAAAUGCGACCGCGCAGCGCCGGAGGCGGCCGCACCCCGCGUUCGGGCGUCUCCGAGCGCCUUUCCCCCUCCGUUCAUUCCUCUUUUCUAUUUAUGUGUCCCUCCUUUUUCUUAUGUGCUUUUGUCUCGUUUACUUUGUAGCGUUUGCUCUUUCUUUUGUUUUUUGUUUUUGUGGGUUUUUUUUUAAUUAUUAUUAUUCACUUGCAACGAUUUCCCUUUCGCCUUUCGUUGCGUUUUGUUUUGUUUUUACUUUAAACUUUCGCUGUCUGUUUUGCAUCUCUCCCCUUCGGCGUUACGUUCGGAAGCGGCCGCGGCCGUCGCGCCCCGGGGCGGCUCCGCGGGGUUCUCCCGGCUCCGUGCGAGCCCCGGGCACAGCCCCGCACGCGGGCACACAACGCGCACCGCACCCCCGGCGCUAUCGGGGGGGGGGGGUCUCGGAAGCCACCACGAGCGCAAUAAUAACGAUAACGAUCAUAACAAUAAAAUGUAAUGGGGAAAGUCGUGUUCGUUCCGUGGGCGUUUUUGGCGGCGCAGCCCGAAACGCCGUUCUGUUGUUUGGUUUUUUUUUGGUGGUGGUGGCGGCGGCGGUGGGGUUGGUUUUUUUUUCGCCGUGAGGAAAAGGGGGUUCGUUCCGGAGCCGUCACGCGGUAAGAAAUGCCUUUCGCCGCUCGGACUCCUCGGGCCGGAGCUCCGCGCACGGCAGAAUCGCGCUUCCGCAGGCGGCAAUUUCGCUAAUCCGGGGGUUAUUACGGCGGGCCCUCAUUAGGAUCGCGGCGCUGCCAAGCAAUCCCAUCGCCGCCUGAAAAGAGGUUUACCCCGCGCCGUAGAGGCGGCGGCCGUAUUUACCCCGCGCGGUCAUUGGCGCAGAGCUGCGGCCGCGCACGGAGCCCCGCGCAGCGCUGCGCUCCUCCGAAGUGCGGGGCGCUGAAUGGAGCGCUCCCUUCGCCCCGCCGCGGCCCCGGCGCUUUCUGCUCUCAUCCAAUUAGCGCGGUGUAUUAAGCGGUUUAUCAUCUCAUAGUCAGCUAUUGAGAGAAACAAGGCGAACACUUUGCAAUAGAGCCUGCUCUCCUUUGACACCCUCAGGUACUUACAUAUUCCACUGUGCUAUGAAUAAUAGAGGAAGAAUAGAGCGCUAAUUCCCUCAUCAAAGAGCGCCUUGUCUGCUGCUUUGCUCAACAACACCAUUCCGAUCAAAAGAAAAGCAAUAAAGCUUAGCAUAACAAAACGA